CCACCGGCUCGAUUCAGCUGUUUCUAAACCGUGACGAUGAUGAUCGCCUCUCCCGCCCCAUUCGUAAACCAAACUGCCGCCAAAACAAGGUGCCCAGCGCUUCACGUAGACCAUUGACCAAUGAUACUGACCGCUGCUUGUAUUCACCAUUUGAGGAUACAAAGAAGCCCUCGUGUUUCGGGACAAGGCGUUUCUACCUCAGGCAUAGUCCGUAGUAUCAGAGUGGAUCAUUCCGAAUCAAACCUACAAUGUUACUCCAGAUAUAAAGUGGACGUUGAUUCCAAGCUUGUGGUUAGUUCAUUAGGCAUACCAGUGGCUUCGAAGAGCACCCUCCACAUCGCAUUUCUCACUCUUUCCCGAAUACUUCCAGGAGAAGUCAAGCAGUCCUUAUAUACAUUCUAGAGAUCUCUGUAAACGAUAUAUCUCACAUAAUAUGGCCCCGUUGCUUAGAAUCCUUGUUUUGUUCAACCUAUCUCUUUACGUUACUGCCCAGGGCAAACAGUUCAUCACUGGCCCUUGUACUUCCGAUGCAGACUGCGCUACACAGUGUUGCGGAUUCCGUAGUGGGCUUUGUGCUGCCGUGAUUCCUGCGCAAGAAAGAGAUGGUGGGUGUGGUUUCGGGAACCCGGCACCCAACGCGGGACCGAACGCAAACACCGGAGCCGCUGCAGCUGGAACUAGGACUAUUACUACCUCGAUUAUCACAGGAUCAUCUCCUGCUGCAACUUCAGCGGCUGGCACAGGUUCCGGCAAAGCGCCUGGAACUCAAUUCAUCACCGGUGUAUGCGCAUCAGAUGCUGAUUGCGCGUCCGCUUGUUGCGGGAGAAACUCUGGGAAAUGCGCGGCUGUGAUACCUGCCCAGGAAAGAGACGGAGGAUGCGGGUUCGGCGAUGCUCAACCGAAUUCCGGUCCAGGUGCGAAUUCAUUGCGACGAAGCAUGCGGGUCGGGAGACACACGACGUAACAACACUACUGCGGAAGUUCUACAUGGCAUAGGAUCGAGGAAAUCGAGGGGAUUUAUCAGCGUUGGGGCGAACACUAUUUGGAGUGUUUGUAACAGGUAAUACCGGAAGUGGAGAGAAAGGGUUGAUGGAAACCCUUUCUGUGAUUGGGUGUUUACGGAUUUGAAUCGCGAUAAAAUCGGACCUGCAGUGCAGGUUCUAGUAGAUGGAUACCUUGAGGCAUACAUAUAAGGAGGUCUUCUUUGCGUUUCUUCAAGCUGUUUCAUCCUGGUCGCUGUGGCUGGUAUCGCCAGCGUCAACGCCGUCUUCACAUCACUUCUGCCACUUUGGGGAACUCAGUCUUGCUGCCGCU